CGCCAAACCGAGUGGGAGUGGUGUGACUGCUCCCAGUGCAAUGGGUGCCGCCUCCUCCUCCCCGACGCCUCCGUCGUCUGCCGACGCGGACGCGGCAGCAAGCGCUGCCGCGAUACGCCGCCGCGCCUCGGCGCGCAUCCAGGAGGAGCGCCGCCGCUCGGAGGACAUGGAGCGCCGAGUGUGGGGCCUCUUGGCAGACAAAGAGGAUCUCGAGGCGGAGAAAAGGCGGCUGAUGCAGGGUGGCGCCGCAGCGGCCGUGGCGGCGGCCGCGCUCGGCGCCGGAGCGCUCGCGUUGCUGCAGCGCCGCCACGCGUCUGCGAUGGCCGCCCUGCGCAUCGCCGCGACCGAGGCGCAGCAGCGGCACACCUCGGAGCUCGAGCGGAUGCGGCGGUUCGGCGCGGAGCCUCUCGCCCGCUCGCUCGUGCCGGUGUGCGACAACCUGCAAGCGCUCUGCGGCUCGCUCGAGGGCAGCGAGGUGCCGGCCGCGCUGCUCGAGGGGGCGGUGCUCACGCGCGAGAGCAUGCAGGCCGCGCUGGAGAGGCACGGCGUAGAGCGGCAUGACCCGCCCGCGGGCGCCAGGUUCGACCCGUCGCUGCACGAGGCGAUGUUCACCGCGCCGCUCUCCGACGGUGCCGCGCCGGGGACGGUGUCGUCCGUCUUUCGGCCCGGCUACACGCUGCACGGGAGCCACAUUCUACGCGCGGCGCAGGUCGGCGUCUUCGUGGGCGAGGCGCAGCAGCAGCCGCCGCCAGACGCGGACGCGGAGGGGGAGGGGGAGGCCGCGGCGGCCGCGGCGGCCGCGGCGGCGGGUGGCGCAGGCGCGGCCGAGGCGCCCCCGUCGGCUCACGCGACCAAGUACUGCGACCGGCGCACGAAGUACUGCGACCGCGGCGGGGACGAGUUCGACCGCAUGGUAGAGGAGAUGGCUCGCCGGCGCAAGGCGGUGCCGGUGCCGCCCUCUUCCGAGGCGGCGCCGCCGGAGGCAGCGCCCGCACGCCCUUCUGGGCAGGGCCCUUCCGACGAGCAGGCUCGCGGGCGCGCCAUCGAGGGGGCUCUCUCCAGCCUCAGCAUCCCCCACCUCGAGGGGCGAGGCGCGGGCAGGGAGGGGAGCGGCGCCGAGGCGGAGGCGCUUGCGGCGGCCGCAGCCGAGGAGUGGGGCGCUGCGGCGCUGGCCGCGCGCUUCGGCGUGGGCGAGGAGGCGGUGGCCGACACACUCAGGCGCCCCCGGCCCGCCUCUCCCUGCCCACGGCGACGCUUGUGGCCACCGAGCAGGGGCUGGGGGAGAGCCCGCCCCUCCCGAUCGCACGGCAUCGCCGCCGCCCGCAGGCAUUGCGCCGCCUACCGCGUCGUGGACGCGUCUGAGGAGGACUCGUGGAUGGGGGUGGCGGUGCCCAUCCUUCCCGACGACGCCGACGCCGACGCCGACGCCGACGCGCCGUGA